AUUGUGUGUAAAUUGCUGAGAUAAAAUAUAUAUUUAGUACAUUUUAGAAUAAGGCUGUAACGUAACAAAAUGUGGAUAAAGUCAAGGGGUCUAAAUACUUUCUGAAGGCACUGCAAAUGUAAUUUAAUUAUAGAUAUUGCAUCAAAAUGUAGACAAUGUGAUUUCCCCCCUAGCUGAUCAUUGUCUGCAGCCUUCUCUGAUCGUAGUGUACUGAGACAGGCAGAGAUAGUGAGCUCUUCCAUGGUGGUUGGCGAACACUAAAUCAUCUGGCCUUUUAGCCUUGCGUGUCAUCGACUGUGCCACAAAACCAUGCUAAAGUGAAAGGAUUGACAAGAAUCUAGAAUGUCACAUAGAACAUUUGAGGACGUGAAGGACGUCAUUCUAUCAGCCCACAAAAACACAGAGGCCGGGGACAAAGUCGGCUUCUACAACACCUGGGCAGAGGACUAUGACCAGGACGUGGGUCUUCUGGACUAUCGUGCGCCGAGUCUGGCGGCAAACUGCCUGUCCCCCUGUUUCCAUGGCAACCGGGUGACAGCAGUGAUUCUGGACGUGGCCUGUGGCACUGGAUUGGUUGCAGCACAGCUGAAGAGGAUGGGCUUCAGGCAUUUUGUGGGCGUUGAUGGGAGCAAAGGCAUGUUGGAACUGGCCAAUAAGACGGGCCUCUACCAGGACCUCAAGCAAUGCAUGCUGGGAGACGAACCACUUCCUGUCCAAGCUGGGCAGUUUGAUGUGGUAGUGAUUGUUGGGGCGCUAAGUGACGGCCAGGUGCCAGUGAGAGUCAUCAGAGAGCUGUGCCAGGCCACCAAACCAGGUGGUUACGUCUGCAUGACAACCAGAGGUAACCAUGACAACCUGGAGUACAAGGCAGCGCUGGAGCAUGAGCUGGAGCUGAUGGAGGGGGCAGGGCUCUGGGGUCACGUGGCGAUCACAGAGGUGGAGGACUGGGAGAAAGCCGUAGCGGAGCCGGAGAAGGGUUACAUACCUGGAGUGGUGUAUGUUUACAGGAAGUCAUCACAGUGACAUUAUCAAUAAAGUAUAUUGUAUCGUAUCACAUUGACCUCAUCACAGUAACAGACCUGUAACAACACCUGUACAGUAACACCUGUACAGUAACACCCAGUACAGUAACACACCUGUACAGGCCAUAACAGUGACAUCACAGUAACACCCCUGUAUAGUAACACACCUGUACAGUCUGUGACAAGUGGCGCCCUACAUUGGUAUUGAGCGGCCAUCUUUGAAGGUAGCUACUAUUCCAAAGAUAAAGAUGCCUAGAAAAUGCUUAUCAAAUCCCCUCAAACAUGCUUGUAGACAAUGUUAUGGUGACGUUAGCUAGUGAAGAUCAUCCACAGAAAAAUGAAAUCAGGUCUAACGUUCGUGUUGCUCUGAACUGCGCCAUUUUAGCUAGUGGCCAUUACAGAAUGUCUAUAUACCAAAUAUUGAAUGAAUCUGAGUUGCGGUUCAUGAGAAGAAGAAUUUUAAAGUAAUCUAGCAUUAGCUUUGUGCUAGCCCUUUUUUGUCAAACUUCAACGACCUGUGUUGUCUUUGGAGAUAUCAACAACAAACUUAUUUAAUUAUGAUCAAUCCUGUACGAGUUGUAUUUGAUAGUUUGACUGAUAUAGCAAAAUAGCCUGGAUUUAUAGGCAUCAAGGUUUGUGAGAAGUUGUCGUCAGACAAGCCAGUUGUAGCUUCAGAAGUUGUAGUAGAGUCUUCGUCAGACAAGCCAGUUGUAGCUUCAGAAGUUGUAGUAGAGUCUUCGUCAGACAAGCCAGCUGUAGCUUCAGAAGUUGUAGUAGAGUUUUCUUCAGACAAGCCAGCUGUAGCUUCAGAAGUUGCUCAAGUAAAGUUGCAUGAGUAAUGCAGAGUAAUUCUGGAGGUGGACACGGUGCAAUGCAAGUCAGACAAUUUUGUAUCCCCAAAAUGCAACAUACAUUGAAAGUUGGUGAUCAAUGGAAUCGGGGGAAGAGCAUUUCUUUUGUAUCAUUGUUGUUAAUGUUUCUUGAACUAUUUGUCAUCAUAUACUGUCUAUGUUUUUUUUCCAUUUUUUUUUUCAUAAGGUAGUAAUUUAUGAGCCUUGAGCUGUUGUAAUCAUCAUGUAUGUCAAUUGUCUUUAUUGGUGUUUAAACUCAACCAAAUAAAAUCAAAUGUUUUUAUAAAGCCCUUUUUA